AUGAUUACUUCUUUAAUUAACAAAGAAGGUCUUAUCGACUUUGAAUCACAACGUAAUGAAUGUAGUCAGUUGUCGAAUAAUGAUGAUGAUGAUAGCGGUGGCAGUCUAAUUGGUCUUGUGACUGGAUUCACAGAUGAUGAGACAUUACGCUCACUUCGUAGUGCUUUGACUGGUGUAGCAACCAUAGCUGUAGGUGCUGUCGGCUUAGUCGCUGCAUAUCACUUCCUGAGUAAACGCUUGUAGACAACGAUUGAGAGAAGGUGAGUAACAGAGAAGUGUAAUUAUGGUUGAUGUUUAGAAGGCGAAAAGGUAUUCAACGAAAUUCUACUCAUAUUCUGCUUUACUCGUGUCACUGCUUUCUAAUACAUAUUUAUCUAUAUAUAUAUA